AUGAGUUAUCAGCCAGCUCCACCACAAGAAGAUGAUUAUACAACCACACCAAUAAAGUCUCCACGAAAAAAGCAUAUGAACAGUCGCGUUCCACCGCCAAGAAUUUCUCCUGAACUCGAGUUAUUAAAGCAAAAAGCAAUUAAUGGCGAAGAUAUCAGCAACUGCGAUUCAUCGCUGUUCCCAGAUCUUAUUGUUGCUCUCAAACAGCAGAGAGAUUUUCUGAUAUCAUAUGACCUUUACGAUGAUUCUGAAGAAUGUGAUAAAGCGUUAAAAGAAGUUAUGAAAUUAAAUGAUGCGAUUAUGAAGCAAUCCUCGCAAAAGAAAGCUGUCGUUGAAUACAAAGCAAGACUUUCUAAAGCAAAGAAAGAAUUAAUUGAAUUACAGCACAGAGCAAACAAAUUAGAAAAGGAACUUGAAAAGGAUUUAGAAGAGCAAGAUAAACAACUAGAAGAAAAGCAAAAGAAAGAAAUAGAAGAAUACGAAGAAAAAUGGAAUUCGGAAGGACAAUUAAGGCGUUACAAUCGUGCAUCUGGUACCCUUAGGAAUAUGAAAACGCAAGCAAUUCAUUUACUUAACUCUCAUCGCUACGAAGAAAUGAGAAUCGUUGAACAGCAAGCAAAUAGCCUUGCUGAAAGCGAAGCAAUCAGAUCUCAUCAGAAUAUGGAAGCUGACUACUCAAAUGGUUACUUAUUGCUUGAAAAAAAGCAUGAAGCUGAAAGAGCCCAAUUAAAGGAAGCCCAAGAAAGGAGAAGGAAGGUUUUUGAGAGCGCUAAAGAAAUUGAUGAAGAUGUCCUCAAAGCAAGAAUUAAAAAACUCGAAACUGCUUUGGAAGACGCAUCGAAUUCAAACAGAACUUACUACAUGAAUGUUAAGACCGCUCGUGCAAAUGGAACAAUACUGGCUGUUCAACCUGCAGGAAUGGGAAAAAAGAGAGUUGAUGUGACCAAAUUUAACACAUUAAAGCUUCCGGCGCUAAACCAUAUGCCGGAAAUGUUGAGGAGGACAAGAUCACCUACUACACCACGCUCUGCAAGGAAUCCACCACGUGGAAUGUCUUAUGAUAAAUUUAAUUUCUCAGAACUGAACUCUCCAUCCCCUAAUGGUCGUCCAUCUCCUAUGUCUCCAAGAUACCAGAGAUCUAACCAGCAUAGAUCUAAUUCUGUUCAUUAUUAUUGA